AUGAGGCUAUGGGUUAAGGCCUCGGGUGCAUUGAAAGAUACGUAUAGCAUUUGGGUUGCAAAGCUCUCACCAAGUGGUCCAUGUAGGAACCCUGAUCUUGAAAUCGCGAUCAUCAAGGCCACUAGCCAUAAUGAACCGUGCAUGGAUUACAAGAACGUUCAAAGGGUUUUCAAAUGGCUACGUACCUCACCUUUGUACCUUAAACCUCUUCUCUACACAGUCUCCAUGAGAAUGGAGAAGACUCGUUCAUGGGUCGUGGCACUCAAAGGGUUGAUGCUCACUCAUGGGGUAUUUUGUUUUGACUAUCCCGCGAUGAAAAAAAUGGGAAGAUUACCAUUUGAUUUGUCACAUUUUAGCGACGUGCAUGUAAACCCUAAUAAGGCGUGGCUUUUCAAUGCAUUUGUUCGUUCCUAUUUUGCGUAUUUGGACCAAAAAUCCGCGUUUGUACGAUUGGAGGCAACUAAAGAGACCAAGCGUGGGAGCAAGGAGAAGGAAGAGGCCGUGAUGGAAGAGCUGCAAGACUUGGAGAAGUUCCUUGGUUUGAUUGAUUUGCUUCUACAAAUCAAGCCUAGUAACCCUAACAUGAACGUGGUGCUUAUUCUUGAGGUCAUGGAUUGUGUUAUGGACGAGGUUUUGGAAGUCUAUGAUAAAUUUUCCAUGAGGGUUCAUCGAGUGGUAUCGAGGAUAAUUGAUAUGGGUGGGAAAGAAGAAGCAAGAGUUGGUCUUGAUUUUGUGAGAAAAGUUGAAUUGCAAGGUGGUAAGAUCUCUAUGUACUUUGAUUUUUGUAGGGACAUUGGGGUCAUUAAUGUUUCCGAGUGCCCCGAAAUCGUGAGGAUUGAUGAGAAAGACAUUCAUGAACUAAUAAGCAUAAGGGAUGGUGGUGUCUCCGAGAAGAAAAAUUUGAAGUUUGAUAAUAAUAAUAAUUAUAAUGAUAAUAAUACUAUUGUCGUGUAUGAGGGUAAUAAUUCUAGAGCCAUUACCACCAUUUCGGAUUUCAAGACGGUGAUCACUGAUCAAUGGGAGGUGUUUGAUGAUGUUAUGGAUAGUGCCUCCAAUGGUACAAGCCUGCAUAUCGCCACAAGUACUAACCCUUUUGUGGAUUCUUUGAGCAUCGUACAUUAUAUUCCCGUUUGCAAUACUCAUAUUCUUCCAGAUUUAAUUGUUUUGUAG